AUGCCUGCGAUCAAGAAGGAGCGACUGGAUGGAGACGACAUGGCAUUGACCGCCUUUAACCAGUCCGAAUACCUGGCCCCUUUAAAUGCCACAGCUAUCCCCGUGGUGACCCCUCAUCCGCCACCUUACGAGCACAUUUUUGCCCAUCACCGCGCGUACUUGGGGCUUCACGACUCGACUCUGCAUCACCAGCACCUCCACCACCACACGGACGACUUAAUGCUGGAGCGGUUCUCCUCCAUCCCGGACUUUCAACCAUUUUUUGACAACGGGGAGCCUUGUAUCGAAGUGGAGUGUGGCGAAAACAAGGCUUUACUUUAUAUCAAUAAACUGUGUCAAGGAAGUAAGGGACCGUCUAUUAAAUACAGGGGCGAGUGGCUCACCCCAAACGAAUUUCAGUUUGUGAGUGGACGGGAGACGGCCAAAGACUGGAAACGGAGUAUUAGACAUAAAGGGAAAAGUCUGAAGACACUCAUGUCCAAAGGGAUAUUACAGGUGCACCCUCCGAUCUGUGACUGUCCCGGCUGCAGGAUCUCAUCUCCAGUGAACCGGGGGCGUCUAGCGGAAAAGCGCACCAUCCCUCUGCCGCCAAACCGGGUGCCAAAGAAGGAGCUAGGAUCUAUCUUCAGCAGUGAUGACAGUGAAGGCAGCGAGCGGGCCAGCGGAGACCAUGCCCACAUCAAACAGGAGGACGAGCUGCAUUUUAGUAUCAUGAGGAAAAGUCGGGAGAGUGACCUCUCCUCAAUCAUCUCCAACCUGCACCAUACGAGACAACAUGGCAUCUCCGAGAGCCAGUCUGAACGCAGCAGCAGCGGGCAAACAGACGAUCUUCUGGGAAAGAGAAGAAGCUGCUCCCCCAACAGCAGCAGCGACUGUCCCUCGGAAAGCAAGAAGUCUCGUAGCGUUUCCCCAAAAGAGAACCCGCAGAGCCCGGUGGCAGAGGCAGGGGGCAGUGUGGGUCACAUGAGUCCUGAAGACCACUACAGAAGGAUGAUGUCCAGUCUGAGUGAAGUGAGCAGCUACGAGGAGCAGCAGCAGAGACUGUACCAGUUAGCCAGCAGCAUGGGGCUGCCUGGACACGAUCUGCUCAGAGCUCAUCAGGAGGCACUGGUAGCUGCUGUGAGGAGUCCAACUCUUGAGGCUCAUCUACCUUCAGGAAGUUCAUCCUCGUCCAGCCAGAGGCGCAAACAGGGGCUGCCACAGCACCGGGACGCACACUAUACAGACAGGGAUCUCACCCAGCCUCCACCUUUGCUGUCUCCUCCCACGGCCCCCCACAUUACGUUAGGACCUCACCUGCGGCCUCCUUUCCUGGGCAUGCCCACUGCUCUGUGCCAGGCGCCAGGUUAUGGCUUCCUCCCGCCUGCUCAAGCUGAGAUUUUUGCACGGCAACAAGAAAUCUUGAGGAAACAGAACUUGGCCAGACUUGAGAUGUCUGCUGAGCUGCUGAGGCAGAAGGAGUUGGAGAACCUCCAACGACAGCAGCGUGUCUUGGGCUCUGACUCAGUGGGCACACUGCCCGCUGACCACCCUGCCCUCCGUAACAUCCAGGACCUGCCCGACGGCCAUCCACUGAGGGAGGAACUCGCCCGGCGCAGUGCAAUGCUGGUGCUACGUCAUGGAGCUACAACACCUUUUGUCUCUCGUAACCAGCAGACACAAUCAGGGACCUCCACACCCAAAGACUCCCACGGACACAGCUCGGCCACUGGCUCUGACUCACGGAAAAGCCCCAGUCGAGGCGCAGGGAGCCAGCUGCCCAAAGACCAUGACGAUGAGGACUCUGACAGUGAUGCAGACACAUAUGUGGACAAACCGGAAGGAGCAAAGGCAAAGUCCAGCAGUAAGGACAGAGAAGGGAGAGAAGGCUCUAAAGGACAGUGUGUCAGGGCUAAAGAAAGCACUGACAGAUCAGGUGGAACCAGCGCCCCCUGUAGCUCAUCAGAGACAGACUCGCCCAGCCGCCUCUUCACUGCGGAACAGGCCAAAUCUGACGUCAAGUUUCACCUUCCACCUGGCUUCAUGCCUCCACUGCCCGCGCUUCACGGCCAGAGCUUCCCGUUCGGCUUCCCCUACGCCAGCCCCUACUUUCACUCUGGUGCGAUGGGAGGUCUUUUCACGGAUGGGGAGGACUCGUCCAAUGGAAACCCAGUGGAGGACAUCAACAAGUGGAGUGUGGAGGACGUGUGUGGCUUCAUAAGCAGUUUGGCAGGAUGUGCAGAAUACACACAGGUGUUUCGGGAGCAGGCCAUUGAUGGGGAGACUUUACCGUUGCUCACCGAGGAGCACCUGCUAAACUCCAUGGGACUAAAGCUGGGCCCGGCCCUCAAGAUCCGCACCCAGGUGGCCCGACGCUUUGGUCGACUUUUCUACAUGACCGGCUUCCCCUUCGCGUUCCCCUUCCCACCUGCCAUCCUGCGACCUCCAGAGCGAGACCGUGAGGUCCUGAGCUCACCGGACUCCUCUUUGCCACUAAACGUGUCACAAACAAACAGACCUGCAUCAGCCACCAGCAGCUCCUCUCCUUACAGCGCCGCCGCCUCCUCCCCCAAACGACAGAACGACAGGCAGGGGCCCGGGCGGGGGUGUGGGGCUGGCACGCAGACAGAGCAGCCUGUGUGCGGCUCCACCACCUGGGCAGAGACACUUGGCACAGCAUCAGACAAGACCCUGGCAGCCUGGCAUCGCCGCGCUGCCUCAGGCCUGCUGACUGCCCCUGCUCCCUUCCUCUUGGUCCGUCCAGCCCGACUUGGCCCAUCGCAGUCGUCCCGCUCCGAACAGCGGCUGCUCUGA